AUGAUCUGCUCUACUUCGAACUUGUUACGAACUCUGCCGCAAGAUUACGCGAAGUGGGAACAGGAACAGAGGGAUGGCAGGCCUCUCACUAUAGGGUGUGAAUAUCAAGAGUCAUAUCGAAUCCACGACUUUCCAGAACUUGACCGGUGUGUCUCGGAAGGCCAAUGCCACCUAUGCGCUCUAAUCUGGUCCGAGUUACAUGCCGAAGUUGGGUAUGAGCCGCUGGAGGAACUACGGCGUCUUGAGCAUGAGGGAGUGGCAUUGACCGGCGUCCUGAAAGGCGGCGAAAGUCGAAUACAGCAAUGCAGCUCCUUAUGUCUUCUGUGGAAAGAGCCACACAUCGCACCGAUCCAACAGGAGUUUGAUGCGCAACUAGCCUUGUCUACCGAAUCCGACGCCACCAUCUCUCUCGCGGCGAAAUGGGUUCGUGAUUGCAUUGUUCAGGAUACGGCCUGCGCCAGUGAGAGAGAAAGCGCCGUAUGGGAUAAAGUGCUGCCUGCAAGACUCAUCAACAUCAACGGCGAGGAUCUAAGUUUGCAAUCAGCUCGUAUCGUGGAUACGAAUAACUUGCCCUUGAAUGCUCCCUACCUAACGCUCAGCCACUCCUGGGGGGAUGGCAGGUUCCUGAAACUCCUGUCGACAAAUAUGGAGCAGCUCUAUUCCUCAAUCCCAGUCGACGACUUAAGUAAGACACACAGGGAUGCUCUGUCGAUAACUCGCAGACUGGGGUACCAGUAUCUGUGGAUUGACUCGCUGUGUAUCAUUCAAGACUCCAGUGAUGACUGGAGAUCACAAUCCGCCCAAAUGGCCUCAAUCUACGGUAACUCGACCUGUAACAUCGCAGCAGAGAAUGCGUCGGGACAAGGUGGAUGUUUCAUCCGCCGGAAUCCCUUGAUGCAACGACCCUGUCAAUUGACUCACAGCAGCGACGUGGAUCCAGCAGAAGGAGUCUACGCCCAUCGCUAUCACACUGCUAAUUGGUCUGCAUUCCCAGAGUAUUAUUAUUCCCCCUUAUCCCUCUUAACCCGCGCAUGGGUCCAACAGGAACGCGUCUUAUCUCCUCGGGUUCUGUACUUUGGUGGUCCUGAGAUACAUUGGGAGUGCUGUUCGUUCCAGGCUGCCGAGGCGUGGCCGCACGGGUCUCCUAACGAGGACUACGGCUUCGAUGAGGUCUAUCCACUCAAAGCGGCAUUCGAGUCCCUUAUUACGCCAUUUACGGAUUGGGAUCGGGAUGACCUCAACAGGUUUGUCUACGAGCUGUGGCAUAACGGGGUGUUCCGAGAGUAUACCGCGGCCGACCUUACGUUUGAGAAGGAUAGACUGGUGGCCCUCUCCAGCAUUGCUGAGGUCAUCCAGCGGCGCACGGGCAUGACCUACAUCGCGGGGCUGUGGAAGGAAUUCCUCCCUAUGGAUCUCAUGUGGCGGAACAUGGACGCCCCAGUGCCAGGACAGAGACAUCUUGAACCCAUGCCUUGGAGAGCACCCACAUGGUCGUGGGCGUCGGUCAAGGGGCGGAAAAGGUAUGAUCUCUUCGCGCUGCAAAAACCAGAGGAAAACAAUGUGCUGUAUUGCUCUCGUGUCCUUGAAUGUGUUGUAGAGCCCUUGGACAUCGAACAGCCUAUACUAGGGGAGGCUUCAGGUGGCACAAUAACCCUGACAGGUUUCCUUGUGCCACUGGCCAGACGAAACAAACCAGAAGCACUAGAACCCGGUGGACUGGGAAGCCUGGAGAAAUCAAAGGAUUUCGAUCUGGACAUCGAUAUCCCCUCCGCAUCAACGAAGCUGUUCUACUUCUGUCUCAUGAGGACCCGGGAUAACGAGACCACACAUACGAAUAAAGGGCUCGUCUUAGCCCAAGCGGUGGCAGAGCCGGAAAAAGAGCCAGAGGAGGAUAAAGAUGACACCAAAUAUGCUGGCAGGUACAUCCGAGUUGGUAUCUUUGUCAAGUCGUACAAGAUUGAAACGGGCUGCAUCUUUGACGGAGUUGAGGAGUCCUCGGUAAGUGUAUGCUGA